AUGGCGUCUGCGAUACGUUGUCUCAUACCUCGUUUAAAUCCUCAGAAUACUGUUACGCUGAUAUGUGAUAUGCAGGAGGCGUUCAGAGGUAAUAUUCAUCGCUAUCCCGAAGUGAUCAGCAUCGCGAAACGUGUAAUUGAGGCGAGCAAUAUACUUGGCAUUAAAAUGAUUGCAAGUGAACAAUAUCCAAAAGGUCUUGGCCAUACAGUAUCGGAAUUGGAGAUCUCCAAGUAUAAUGUGCCAGUAUUUGAUAAAAAGAAAUUCAGUAUGUGUUCACCGCAGUUUGAUAAGGAAUUGGGUAAGCCGAGUUCGGUGCUUAUCUGCGGCGUUGAGGCACACGUGUGUGUGAUGAAUUCCACGUUUGAUUUGCUUGAUAAAGGCAUUGGGGUGUUUGUGGUGGCCGAUGCUGUCUCGUCGAGAUCCAAUACUGACAGAUUGUUCGCACUGAAACAGAUGCAACAAGCCGGUGCAGUGUUGACCACAUCCGAAAGUGUUCUGCUGACCCUUCUGGGUGGAUCUGAUCAUCAGAAAUUUAAACAAGUCCAGAAACUGAUCAUGAUUUCAGCACCCGACACUGAAUUGUUCCCUAUGUUCCAUGCUUAA